AUGCCGCCUAAGUUCGACCCCAACGAGAUCAAAGUCGUGUACCUGAGAUGCACCGGUGGGGAAGUCGGUGCCACGUCUGCCCUGGCCCCCAAGAUCGGCCCCUUGGGCCUGUCUCCAAAAAAGGUUGGUGAUGACAUAGCCAAGGCAACUGGUGAUUGGAAGGGUCUGAGGAUUACAGUGAAACUGACCAUUCAGAACAGACAAGCCCAGAUUGAGGUGGUACCUUCUGCUUCUGCCCUGAUCAUCAAAGCCCUCAAGGAACCACCAAGGGACAGAAAGAAGCAGAAAAACAUUAAGCACAGUGGAAACAUCACUUUUGAUGAGAUCGUCAACAUUGCCCGGCAGAUGCGGCAUCGUUCUCUAGCUAGAGAACUUUCUGGAACCAUUAAAGAGAUCCUGGGGACCGCCCAGUCUGUGGGCUGCAAUGUUGAUGGCCGCCACCCUCAUGACAUCAUAGAUGAUAUCAACAGUGGUGCAGUGGAGUGCCCAGCUAUGCAAGCAGGUGUGGAAAACUUUACCGGAAAGGACUAUCUGAGAUCUCUGAAGUGA